AGAAAAGUCAAAGCUCGUCUCUACAAUCAUGGCGUCGAUGCCGAAGAGCAAACAUCUUCUCCUGAUCUGUUACGCUUCCCUUCUUCUCUGCUUUGUAUCAUUGUCUUCAUCAUCAUCAUCUGAUCUCUCUGGCGUUUCUCUACCAUCUUCGUCGAAAGUCUCGCUGAGUCUGUACUAUGAGUCUCUCUGUCCAGCCUGUUCUUCAUUCAUAGUGAAGCUCUUUGAAGACGAUCUGACAUACAUUGUCGAUCUCCAUCUGUCUCCCUGGGGUAACACCUACCUCCGCCCCGACAAUGUCACUGCCCUUUGCCAGCACGGGGCAACUGAAUGCUUCUUGGAUACGGUAGAAGCUUGUGCAAUUGAUUCUUGGCCGAAACUGAGCGAUCAUUUCCCUUUUAUCUACUGUGUUGAGAGUUUGGUGACAGAAGACAAGUAUGACAAGUGGGAGACUUGUUACGAGAAGCUCAAUCUGAGCUCAAAGCCUGUUGCUGAUUGCCUCAGCAGUGGACAUGGACAAGAGCUUGAGUUGCAGUAUGCUGCAGAAACGAGUGCACUUCAGCCGCCUCAUGAAUACGUUCCAUGGGUAGUCGUGGAUGGUCAGCCACUUUAUGAGGAUUAUGAAAAUUUCAUAAGCUACAUCUGCAAGGCUUACAAAGGUGAUAAAGUGCCUGGCGCGUGUGCCAAGUAUUCAUCCGACGACUUCAUUCGCAGUGUCAAAGUGAAUCGCUUCCCUCUGGUUUGCAUGAAAGGAGUCAAUACGAUGUUGGAUUUGUUGGAACGUAUCAAAACCUAUUUAUCCUCGUACGUCAACAUCAGAGGCCUGCUAUAAAACAACUUCACUUUCUUUCGUGCUGUAACAUGAUACUCUAAAAUGUGAUAGGUCUCAAGUUACAUGACAAUCAAAUGUUGAUCAAACUCUAUUC